CGUGUCAGCCCGCUUUUUCGGGCCGAGAACGACCUGGACUCGCUUGACGCCAUGUUGCUACAAUACCCCGCGCGAGUGGAUGCAGUGGGCUUUGCCCAAAGCUUGGCGGUGCCGCUGCAAUGGCCUCGCCGGACCCUGAUGAGACGCAGGACUUCUCAAAGCUUUCGCCUGACGGCCGCAGUGGCGUCAGGCCUUGCCAUGCGGGCGCGACGCACCGUGAAGGCGGAGGCGGCGAUUUCGUCGCAGCUUCUGCAGCUGCGGCGCUCCGAGCCGGGCGCGCGCCUGGAAAUGUUGCAGCAGGAGGAAGAACACAAUAUUCCAGGACUGCGCCAUCCAGCGCUUUUGCGCCAAGUGCUUGGUCUGAAGGGCCUUUGCGAGCACUUGGGCUUGCGUGGGGGCAUCAACGCUGCGACCUUGGUCCGGCAGAUCCAGGAGGCCUUGGACAAGGAGGACGAGCUCUACCGGCAAAGCGCCAGUGCCAAGGCCAUCAAGGCGAUGGGCCUGCUGGCGGAAAAGGCUGAUGCGGAGGCCACUUUGCAGGCGAAGUACAGCCUCAGCGAUCUGAAGACGGUGUGCAAGACCCUGGCGCUGGCCCGAAGUGGGCCCAAGGGCCUCCUGGCGCAACGCAUCUUGGCGCGGGCCAAGGAGCUCUUGGAGGUGAUGCAAGGCGCCCCUGAGGCGGAAGGUGUCCAGGAGAAGCUUGAGGCGGAGGUCGCCGAAGUCCCCAAGGAGACCAAGAAAACGCGAUCCAAACGAGGCAAGGCGCGGUCGUCUCCCUCAGCGGCGCGCAAGCAAGCACGGCCGGCGGAGGUGCAAGCAGCCAUGGCGGAAAUCGCGGAAGUGGAGGCAGAGGACCUUGACGAGGCCGAGGAGGAGCCGCUGGAAGCCGUGCAGGAGCCCGCCAGCCUGACGCAAAACGAGCCAGAGCCGGGUCGGCAGCUGCUGCCGCCCAGCCAGAGGAAGAUGGCAAGGCGAGCGAAGCUCAUGAACUACGUGGUGGAGGAGAGCGCUUCUGUGUACGGAGACCACAAGCAGCAGUACCUCCGCGACCUCAGGGCCACCUUGAAGGAUGCACCUGCUGUGGUCCGGGACGCAUACCUGAACGACAAGCAGCAGGCCUUCCCCGAGGUGGGGCAACUGCCAAAGGUGCUGGGCCCGCCGCGGGAUACUGCAGAGUACUCCUCCUGGCACGCGGAGCCUUACCAGGAGCAGCUGCGCAUGGUGGGGGAGCUGGGGCCCUCCCGACAGGCCUACUGCAAGUGGUGGGAUCGCACUCACGGGUGCGGGGAGGUGAUCGACACCCGCGACGAGCGCCGGGCGGCGGUGAUUUCUCAGUCGCUGACCACAGGCGGCAACGCCGCGCCCACGGCGAAGUAUUUGUUGCAGGGCGAGUUCGUGGAGUAUCGGAGGGUCGAGGAGGAAGAGGGCGUCCGCGCAAUUUUGGUGCGCGGCAUUUGUGGCUGGCCCUUGGCCUGUGAAGUGGAGGCCUUUAGAAACCCGCCGGCGCUGCCCUAGACGCCCGUUUCGGCGUGUGCGGCUCGGUGAUUUUUCGUUUUUCCCCGCGGCUCGGCGCCCUUUUAAGGGUUGUUUCAAGG